AUGCCGGCUUCCACUAAACUAUUCAUUGUGGGGAAGCGCUUCCGAAUCCGUACGCUAAUAUCUCGAAGUACCAAACAUUGUGUCAAACAGGCAUUUCGCACAAUUGUUCGACGACACAUUCGCGAUUCUUCAUCCUCACCCAACACGCAGCUACUGACGAAUAGCGCCAAACUGGGCAGUAAUGAAGGUGAAUCACCAAGCAAUUAA